UCCGUCCUUUGAUGGCGUGUGCAGUCUGGUGAGGGUGUGAGUUCGAGUAGGCUUACGGCGUCUCCUUAAAACGACUUUUAUCGCAUCUAUUUGCCAAGAUGGUGACCAACAAGUUUUCAAAAAAGAAGAGUAAACGACUUUCAUGCAAUAUGAAGUACAAGAUAGCAAAAAAAGUUAAAGAGCAUGCAAGAAAGUUGAAAAAAGAGGCCAAAAAGAAUCCCAAGAAGGGAAAGAAAAAGAAGGAUCCAGGAGUGCCCAAUUUAGCACCAUUUAAGGAGAAGGUAAUUGAGGAAGCACAAGCUGAAAAGCAACGCAUCCAGCAACUGCGUGAGAAAAAGCGAGAGGAGUUCAAAGCGCAAAGAAGGGCCAAGGAUGGGUCAUCCACCUCAAAUUCCCUUAAUGACCUGGUUUCAGCAGUGCAAACAAAAAAUGAGGAAUAUGAAAGUAUGGCUCAAGCUAACAGUUCGACUGAUCCAUCUGCAAAGGCAUUUUACAAGGAAUUCAGAAAGGUGGUGGAAUCCGCGGACGUGGUGAUCGAGGUGCUGGACGCGCGUGACCCGCUUGGCACGCGCAGCAAGGAGGUGGAGCAGACGGUGCUGGCAGCUGGCAGCUCCAAGCGGCUGGUGCUGCUGCUCAACAAGGCGGACCUGGUGCCCCGCGAGAACCUGGCCGCCUGGGUCAAGUACCUGCGCGGCGAGUUCCCGACGGUGGCGUUCAAGGCCAGCACGCAGCAGCAAAGUCGCAACCUGGGCCAGAGCGCGCUGGACGUGCUUAGCUGCCCGGAGCCGCUGCUGCAGUCGCAGCGCUGCCUCGGCGCCGCCACGCUCAUGAAGCUGCUCGGCAACUACUGCCGCAACCGCGGCAUCAGCACCAGCAUCGCCGUCGGCGUGGUCGGCCUGCCCAACGUCGGCAAGAGCAGCGUCAUCAACAGCCUGAAGAGGAGCCGCGCGUGCGGCGUCGGCGCCACGCCGGGGGUGACGCGCGCCGUGCAGGAGAUCCAGCUGGACGCCAAGAUCAAGCUGCUGGACUCUCCGGGCAUGGUGCUGCAGACGGGUGACGCGGGCGACGCGGCCACGGCGCUGCGCAACGCCUUCAAGAUCGAGCAGCUGGACGACCCGGCACUGCCGGUGGAGGCCAUUCUGCGGCGCGCCGACCGGCGUCAGCUGAUGCUGCACUACCGGCUGCCCAUGUUCAGCACGACGGCCGAGUUCCUGCUGCUGCUGGCGCGGCGCCAGGGACGGCUGAAGCGAGGCGGCGUGCCGGACGCCGCCGCCGCCGCGCGCCUCGUGCUGCAGGAUUGGAACACCGGUCGUAUCAAGUACUACACGCACCCGCCGGCGGCGGCGGCGGCGGUCGGCGACGCGACCAUCGUGACCCAGAUGGCGGCCGAGUUCGACCUGGACGCGCUGGCGGCCGAGGCGGACGCCGAGAUGGAGGCGAUGGAGGCGCCGCGCGCCUCGCAGGCGGUGCCGCUGGCCGCGUCCGCCGCCGAGACGCAAGAGACCGAGGAGAUGGAGACCGGAGAUCGGCGGCCGGCCGACGCCGGGGGACGGCUCCAGGUCGAGUUUACCGCCAAGAAGAAGACAAAGGGGGAGAAGGUCAGUGAGUUGCAGCAGGAGGAACAGCGAGUCAUGACCAAGAAGGCCUACAAGGCUAUGAUGAAGAAGCGGAAGAAGACCAACGCGAGGACGGAGCGGAAGAUGGACUCGCUGGCGGACGAGCUGGACCUGCAGCUCUAAGCGCGGUCUGAAGCGCCAGCGGCUGUUCUGGCGGAUUUGUGAAGAUAUACAUACAUCGCUGGCUUGCA